AUGGACCAAAUUCACAAACUUAACGUAGUGCACCGAUAUGAGAAGCGAAGUCUUCUCAUUGCGAUCAACUGCAUCGCCGGUCUUGCCAUUCUCUUUUUCGGUUAUGAUCAAGGUAUGAUGGGCGGUGUCAAUACCGCGUACGACUACUACACCCUUAUGGGCUUCGGUCACAAAGAUGAGAACGGCGAACCUGUCGUCGACAACGCUCUGCUUCAAGGUGGCAUUGUGUCCGUGUACUAUCUCGGUACCCUGAUAGGUUGCUUGGUCGGCGGAUCAAUUGGCGACCGCUAUGGUCGUAUCAAGACUAUCUUCGUUGGAGCAGCCGUGGCCACUGUUGGCGCUUGUCUCCAGUGCUCAGCGAUGAAUCACGAAUGGAUGAUUUGCGCACGCCUGGUCAAUGGAUGGGGAACCGGUAUCCUGAACGCUAUCAUCCCUGUCUGGGCUACCGAAACGGCUGAGCAUACAUCUCGUGGUCAAUUCAUCGCCAUCGAGUUCACGCUGAAUAUCUUUGGUGUUGUUAUUGCGUACUGGCUGGAAUACGCAUGUUCGUUCUACGGCGACGGUACGUCGUCGUUCAUCUGGCGCUUUCCGGUCGCGUUCCAAAUUCCAAUGCUCAUGGGUCUCAUGGCUGGCGUUCUAUUCUUCCCAGAGUCUCCAAGAUGGUUGGUCAAAGUUGGCCGUGAAGCGGAAGGUCGCUACAUCCUGGGUCGCCUCCGUGGUGACUCAGGUGCGGAUAAGAAGAAGGCCGAAGCUGAAUUCCAGGACAUCGUCGCAUCCUGCGAGCUUGAGCGAUCCAACUUUCGCAAGCAGAGUUAUUUCCACAUGCUUUUCGGUAUUGGAUCCGGCAAGAUGCACACUGGAAGACGUGUACAGCUGGUAGUGUGGCUUCAAAUCAUGCAAGAGUGGGUCGGCAUCGCUGGAGUCACCGUGUAUGCGCCGACCAUCUUUGGUAUCGCUGGAAUGAGUCCUGCAAAGCGACAAUGGAUUGCCGGCCUUAACAACAUCUUCUAUAUGUUUGCCACGCUCAUCUGCGUCUUCACGCUCGAUCGCAUCGGUCGUCGAUGGACCUGUUAUUGGGGUUCAGUCGGUCAGGGUAUCGCUAUGGCGCUUGCCGGAGGAUUUUCAUACCUUGGUCAGCAGGCGACGAUCAAUGGUGACGCUGGCAAAGCAUCCGCCUACGGCAAUGCGGCGGUGUCCAUGGUCUUCAUAUUCACGUCCGUGUUUGGAGCGACCUGGUUGACUGUCCCAUGGUUAUACCCGGCGGAAAUAUUUCCGCUCGAAGUGCGAGCCAAGGGCAAUGCGUGGGGAGUCGUCGGUUGGUCAAUUGGUAACGGCUGGCUGACCCUGCUCUGUCCCAUUAUGUUCGAGGCAAUUGGCGAGAAGACUUUGUACAUCUUCGCCGCUUGCAACGCCAUCACUAUCCCCAUGGUCUGGGCGCUAUAUCCCGAAACAAACCAGCGCACGCUGGAAGAGAUCGAUUUGCUGUUUGCUUCUGACAGCAUAUGGAAUUGGGAGGCGGAGAAAAACUUCAAGAAUCUCCGUAACCAGAUUACCUAUGAACACGGCAAUGAUUCGAAGGACGAUAUUGAGUCGGUAUCGCAGAGGAAAGGGAGCGUUGUUCGGGGCAUGAGUCUGCAUGUUGAAGACAGUAAGUUGUGA